UAUAUUUUGAUAUCAAGUGGCAGCAUGUAUAAUGUUUUUAUUUAAAAUUAAAAAUCUGGCAAUUCGUUUCAUCAUAACAAAAACAAAUCGAGGGCGAAUUUGUGCCGGUGAUAGUUCAAUAAUUUAGAAUCUUCCAUAUUUCCUAAAUAAAGAUGAAAGUCUUGAACUUUGUAAGUGGAAAUGCUGGGAAAAUUUCAGAAGUGCAAGCAAUAUUAGGACAAGUUGUAAAGAUAAAUUCUGUGAAACUUGAUUUGCCAGAAUAUCAAGGAGAGUCUGAUUUUAUUACUUCGUCAAAAUGUAAAGUAGCAUCGGAACUCAUAAAAGAACCUGUUAUUGUGGAAGAUACAUCUCUGUGCUUUGAUGCUCUAAAUGGCUUGCCUGGCCCAUAUAUUAAAUGGUUCUUAGAUAAAUUAGGACCAGCUGGUCUGCAUCGGUUACUCAGUGGCUGGGAAAAUAAGUCUGCAUCUGCUUUGUGCACAUUUGCAUAUUGUGAAAAUCCUGAAUCUGCACCAAAGUUAUUCCAUGGUAUUACCAGAGGAACUAUUGUUGCUCCAUGUGGUGAAAGUGGUUUUGGUUGGGACUCUUGUUUUUUGCCCGAUGGAUUUGAUAGAACUUAUGCAGAAAUGACUAAAGAAGAAAAAAAUGAAAUUUCUCAUCGCCGUAAAGCAUUGUCUAAAUUGAAAGCAUUUAUUGAAACUGUAAAUGAGUAGCUUUAUUAAAAAUGUCACUAGUUAUUUCUUUUUAAUCUUCCUGUUAACGUGUGUUGUACACUGUGGUUAAAUUUUGUUUUUCAUUUUUUACUCAUAUCCACUUUUUAUAAACAGUUUUUUUUGAUAAUAUAUAUUUCAUAACUUUUAAUUUAUUAUUUUUUGUUAGAAUUUAUAUCCUGCAUUAUAUUACAUAUUGAAGGAAUACACUUAGUACCUCAUACCAGUUUUUAGAGUGCCUCUGAUGGAAGGUUAAAUAGAAAUAUCUAUAGUUACUAUUUUUAUGUGAGAAAUAUUAUUAAUUACAUAUUUUGAUUUACUAUAAUUGUUUGAAAAUUUUAGUUUAUGUUAAAAAUUUAAUGCCAAAUAAAAUUUGUAAUUGAGAAAUUAACUUGUCCAUAUCAGUUAAGAGUAUUUUAAUUAGAAUUGAAACAUUCCAGUCUCAUAUGCAUGAUAGUAAACAUAUCCUAUUUUAGAAUUUAAUACUGGGUCAAAUUUAAUUUUGAAACAUUAAGUUAAUGAUACUAUAAAAUAUUAAAUUUAUCCUGAUACUUUCAUAUAUAUUCAUUAUAACUAAUUUGACUCAUGUGUCAGAUCUUUUUGAAAUAUGUUAAAUAUGUAAAAUAUGUUAAAAACAUAUAUACAAACUUAUACAACAUUAUCACAAUACUAGUAACAGAGAUAAAGGGAUUGACACAUGACAGAUUAUAAGUAUUUUCCCUAGGGUUACUGAACUUAAUCCAGACCAAAUAAAGCUGAUUGUUAUUUAUUUAUUUGGUUUAAACCUAAACUGAAGGAGCUUAAUCAUAAAGGGUAGCUUUUAAUGACAAUGUUCGAAGAUUAAUAGAAGUAUCUGUAUGGAAGGUUAUAUUCUCCCUAGGGUUGCUGAACUUUGUCCUGACCAAAUAAAGCUGAUUGUUACACAUAUAUCAAAUAAAACUAUCAAUAAGAAUUUUUUCAUGUUUUGCUUCAUUUAUGUUUUGUUUUUCAGUUGUUACAUUGUUUUUAUGACAGAUGGUUUUCCUAUGUUGCUAUUUAAAGAAAAACUUGUUGAUAAAUUUUCGACAGAAAUGUGUGGUUACUUCAUGUACAAGCAAAAUAACACAGCUUUUUCUUUCUUUGAAGAGUUAUUGCAAUGUUUAGGUGUAUUAAAGUGAAGUGUUACAAAUGAUAAAAAUUCUAUUUUUUUA